AUGCGAGGAGCGAAGGCGGCGGAGCAGGGCAGCUGGCAGCAGGCGAAGCAGGAGAUGGAGGACUGGUCUCUGGUCUCUGGUCCGGUGACGAGAAGAUUAGGGAUUUGGAGAUGGAAUUUUGGAUCAACUGACCGGCGAUUUGGAGAUGGGAUUUGGAUCUCUGGUCAUGAGCUGUGUUCGAUUGGAGGCGAGCAGUUCGAAGGUGUGCGAAGAAGGAAGAUAUUUCUUCGCACGGCGAGGUAUUAUUUUCACCAGCUCGUCUUCGCCCUCCACUUCUGCCACCAGAACGGCGUCACCCACCGUGACAUCAAGCCCCAGAACCUCCUCCUCGACAAGGACGGCAAGCUCAAGAUCUCCGAUUUCGGCCUCUCCGCGCUGCCGGAGCAGAUCCGAAACGGCCUCCUCCACACCGCGUGUGGUACUCCGGCCUACACCGCCCCGGAGGUGAUGAUCAGAAAAGGCUACGACGGCGCCAAGGCCGACGCGUGGUCUUGCGGCGUCAUCCUCUUCGCCUUCCUCGCAGGGUACCUCCCAUUCGACGACAGCAAUAUAUCAAACAUGUACCGUGCAAUACGAAGCCGCGCGUUUCAGUUCCCGGAUUGGAUCACAAAGCCCACCCGGAGCAUAAUUUUCCGGCUGCUCGAUCCCAAUCCGGUAACCAGAAUGUCCAUCGAGGAACUGAUGAAGCUCCCGUGGUUCAAGAAGUCAUCAUCAGUGAUAGAUUUGACAGACGAACAUCAAUUUGGGAACCAAGAGUUCGACAAAGAUUGCAAACACUUAACCAAAAUGAACGCAUUCGAUAUCAUUUCAAUGUCUCCCGGGUUGGAUCUAUCAGGGCUAUUCCAGGCGGGAUUGAACAAGAAAGAAAUGAGAUUCACCACAAAUUCCGAGGUAGGAGAGGUUGAGGAGAAGGUAAAGAAGAUCGGGAGUGAAGCAGGGUAUAGGGUGGAGAGGGGAAACGGAGGGGGAAUCAGACUGGUAAAAGCAAGAGUAACGUUAAUGGUGGAAAUUCUUCAAGUGGCGCCGGAGCUAUGGCUGGUUGAGAUGAAGGUCGUCAAUGGAGAAAUGGAAUUCGAGGACACACAGUGGGAGGAGUUGAGAGUUGGGUUCAAAGAAAUAUCUUGUUUCAUGCUAGUAUAACAAUACAACCAUGAAUCUUGAACCAGACAACGCCGGUGAUUGUCGCCGAGCUUCUACCAG